AUGGGUGUAUUGAGCUCUAUAUUGGGUGUUUUUGCUUCGAAAUUGGAACUUCUGUUGGGAUCGUCAUUGGGUAUUACAUGUUCAUCUACUUCAUUCCCACUGAUGUUAAGUCACCAGUAUGAUUAUUACAGAGACAUAGAUUAUAAGAGAAGAAGUCGUAGUAGGAGUUAUAACCGGUUUGAACGUGAUCGAUAUCAUGAGAGAAACAGAGACUAUCGGUGUAGAAGCACGAGCCGCAAUGCAAGUCCAGGCUAUUCUAAAGGUCGAGCAAUAGGCCUUAGUCCUCGAAAAAGUCUUUCCCCACGCAAGGCAUCUCCCAGGGGUGAAAGUCCAGAACGCAACUUUGAUGGGCGGUCUCCAAGUUCUCGAAGUGUUUCACCACGAGGUCGUCUUGUUGAUUCUCGUAGCCCAUCUCCUCGAAACUCUGAUGUUGAUGUGAGUUUCACUUUCUAA